CCACAUUUGCGAAGUUGCACCUCAAUUCACAUUCCCAAAAAUCAAAACCACCGGCAAGAAAAACUGAUACACACAGAGUUGGAUAAUUAUCUUCUAAAUCAAUGGACUUGGGAAGUGUAAUUGAGUUUCUUGAUAACAAGACCAUUUUGGUCACUGGUGCAACUGGAUAUCUAGCAAAGGUUUUUGUGGAGAAGGUACUGAGAGUUCAACCAAAUGUGAAGAAGCUUUACCUUCUUUUAAGAGCCGCAGAUGCUAACUCUGCCAUGGAGCGCCUAAAUAAGGAGGUCAUAGGGAAGGACUUGUUCAAAGUUCUAAGGGAGAGAUAUGGUGCAAGUCUGAAUUCCUUUGUAUCAGAGAAGAUGACUCCUAUUCCUGGUGAUAUCUCUCGUGAAGACUUAGGGAUUAAAGACUCUAACUUAAGGAAUGAGAUGUUGAAAGAUAUUGAUGUGGUGAUUAAUUUUGCUGCCACAACCAACUUUGAUGAAAGAUAUGAUGUUGCACUAGGAAUCAAUACACUGGGAGCUUUGCAUGUCUUGAACUUUGCGAAGAAAUGUCUUAAAAUCAGGAUGCUCGUCCAUGUCUCUACCGCUUAUGUAUGUGGAGAAGAUACAGGACUUAUACUAGAGAAGCCAUUUCCAAUGGGUGAAGGCAAGAAGGGUAACAGUAAAAUAGAUAUCGAAGAAGAAAAGAAACUAGUGCAAGAAAAACUAAAUGAACUUGAAUCAGAAAAUGCUUCAGAGAAAGAAAUUACAGCAAUCAUGAAGGAUUUUGGCAUCGAAAGGGCAAGGGCGCUUGGAUGGCCAAACACUUACGUAUUUACAAAGGCAAUGGCAGAGAUGCUUUUAGUGCAUAUGAAAGAGAAUUUGCCUCUGCUUAUUAUAAGACCAACGAUGAUAACCAGUACUUAUAAACAACCAUUUCCUGGUUGGAUUGAAGGUGUCAGGACUAUUGAUAGUGUAAUUGUGGGCUAUGGCAAACGAAAAAUUACAUGUUUUGUCUCUAGCCCUCGAUCAAUUCUCGAUGUGAUACCAGCAGACAUGGUGGUAAAUGGUAUCAUUGUGGCCAUGGCGACUCGUUACCAGAAGCAAUCUUCAGAAAUUAUUUAUCAAAUAGGAUCUUCAUUGAGAAAUCCUUUAAAAUUCUCAAAUAUUCAUGAUUUCGCCUAUCGUUAUUUCUCUGCAAAUCCAUGGAUUGACAAGGAAGGAAGUCCAGUAAAGAUUGGCAAGGGCAUUGUUUUGAGCUCUAUGACCAGUUUUCAUAUGUAUAUGGCUGUUUGUUUUCAGCUUCCAUUGAAGGCAUUCGAAUUAGCAACUAUUUUGGUGUUGAAGGAAUAUCAGGACAAGUAUAGGCUUCUGGAUCGAAAAGUAAAAUUGGUGCAGAGAUUGGUAGACCUUUAUAAAUCCUAUCUGUUCUUUGAGGGCAUAUUUGAUGAUACCAACUUAGAGAAGCUAAGAACAGAAGCAAGACUGAGAAGUCUUGAAGUUGAAGAAAUGGAUGAAUUCAACUUUGAUCCUACUACCAUCGACUGGGAAGAUUACAUGAUGGGUGUUCACAUUCCUGGUCUAGUUAAAUAUACAAUGUAAGAAUCAUUGCAUCAGUUGAGGUUUUGGAGGUUCAACAUUAAGUUAGAGCCUUUAAAACCAGUAGUAAAUUAUUUGGAUAUUCAUAUCAUUUAAUUGUAUUUUCCUCUUCCUUUUCUUUUCUUUGUUUCAUUUGAGUGGAAAGGCACAUAGUGUGCCACUGUUUAGUCUUGUGACCUCUUUCUAUUCUUAUGAUCAUCAUCAUCAUCAUCAUUGUCAA